CUGGCCCUUUGCUCGGGCCCGAGCCAGGUCAGUGAGGAGUUUGUAUUGGCAGACCCUGUGCUCGAUUCGGAGCAACGGAGGGUGGACUCGGCCAGAGGUGGGCUCGAGUCCCGCACCUCCUGCGCCGCUACCCGAUGCCUGACGGGUGUGAGAGCUGGACCUGGCCGAAGGUGGGCCGAGGUUGAAGGAAGCGGCCUGCAUGAUCCGCCGGGACCCCAACCCAUCUCCUGGAAGAGCCCACUCUCCCUGGAAGAAAGACUAUCCUUGAAGAGGAUGACUGAGACGUUAUGGGCCACGCACUGUGUGUCUGCUCCCGGGGAACUGUCAUCAUUGACAAUAAGCGUUACCUCUUCGUCCAGAAACUGGGGGAGGGUGGGUUCAGCUAUGUGGACCUAGUGGAGGGCUUGCAUGAUGGACACUUCUACGCCCUGAAGCGAAUCCUGUGUCAUGAGCAGCAGGACCAGGAAGAGGCCCAGCGAGAGGCAGACAUGCAUCGCCUCUUCCAGCAUCCAAACAUCCUUCGCCUCAUGGCUUACUCUCUGAAAGAACGAGGUGCUAAGCAUGAAGCCUGGCUGCUGCUGCCCUUCUUCAAGAGAGGUACAUUGUGGAAUGAGAUAGAAAGGCUGAAGGACCAAGGCAACUUCCUGACUGAAGACCAAAUCCUUCCGUUGUUGCUGGGUAUCUGCAGAGGCCUUGAGGCCAUUCAUGCCAAAGGUUAUGCACACAGGGACCUGAAGCCCACCAAUAUUUUGCUUGGUGAUGAGGGGCAGCCAGUUUUAAUGGACUUGGGUUCUAUGAAUCAAGCAUGCAUUCAAGUGGAGGGUUCUCGCCAGGCCCUAGCUCUACAGGACUGGGCAGCCCAGCGGUGCACCAUCUCCUACCGGGCACCUGAACUUUUUUCUGUGCAAAGCCACUGUGUCAUCGAUGAGCGGACUGAUGUCUGGUCCCUAGGCUGUGUGCUUUAUGCCAUGAUGUUUGGGGAAGGCCCUUAUGAUAUGGUGUUCCAGAAAGGUGACAGUGUGGCUCUUGCUGUGCAAAAUGAACUCAACAUCCCACAAAGCCCCAGGCAUUCUUCCGAGUUGCGACAGCUAUUGGCCUCAAUGAUGACUGUGGAUCCCCAGCAGCGGCCUCACAUCCCUGUCCUCCUCAGUCAGUUGGAGGCCUUGCAGCCACCAGCUCCUGGCCAGCAUACCACCCAAAUCUGAUCAAAUCAGCAGACAUAUUGGGAAGAUGACCUUGAAGCAGCUCUCAUCCCUCAUUGGAACUCCUUCCGUUCUGCCCAGGAUGGUUCUCACCCAGGGGCAAGAAUGGUGGGUCCUUGUAUAUUCUGCUCUCUUAUCCCAAUACCUGGGCAAGGAGCCUAGGGUGAGUUGGGGGGAAAAUGAAACAGAAAAUAUGGCUCAAAGCUGGGCUGCUGGGCACAUAUCAUGUUCUGCUUCCAAUUCUGGGAGCAGGAGAAUACAUAGAAGGGAGAAUAAAGUGAAAACAGACUGUAUUUUAGGUCUGUGUCUGGAGGGAAAGAAUGAACUCUCUGGUUGCUAUUUCCAAGGGAUGGUAUGAUGUCGUGAGGCAGAUACUUCUUAAGUUGUGGCAGCUUGGGAGCAGGCAGGUCUUUUAAGCUUGCCUUAGUCAAAACCAGAGAGCCUCUAGCUUGAGCUGGUUUCUGUGCCAAGAAGUGUGACCAGGGUCCCCUUGAAAGCACACUCAGCUAGCUCUGUCAUUCAUUCCCAGGGUUGGUAGCUUAGAACAGCCCAGCUCGGCAGGGUUGCCAAGUCCAUGACCUCUGGGUAGAAGCUCACUGGGUCUUUUCCCUUCAGCAGGGGACAAAGGGAGUGGAGCUGGCAGCCAAUUUUCCCAGUCUUCCUGACUAUUCUAGCUCACACAUGGUUAAUAAUUGAUGAGGCUAGUGGCCUGUGGCAGUAUCCAGCAGCCACUUCCUGCCCUAUUUGCUGAGUAAACAGGCACCCUGCCUUAGCUGGGUUUUAAACUUGUUCCUCUGGGAAGGGCACUGCUUCCCUGAAUCACCAGGGAGGGGAAGCAAGGGCAGGGUUGGUGCUCUUGUUCUGGAGAUUUUGAAGCUUCCUCCCCCAAGCCAUGUCCACCCCUACAUGCUGACGUCAACCCGAGUCCUAGGGUGCCUAUUAGUGAAGUAUAAUUUAUCCCUAGGGCCCAGGCGGGAGGCUUCCACCCCGAGCAGAGGCUGAGGCCAAAAGAAAGCACAAACAGAGGGGAGAUGACCUGACUUUUAAUAGCAUAGCUCCAGCCCCAGAAAGUAAGAUAGACAGCAAGCUAUACAAAGCUGCCAGAGGUGCAAUGGCACAAACAACUAGGAGAUUGCCCUUGUUCCUGCCCAGUCCCAAAGUUUGUGAGGUGGCUGUAUGCCCAGGAACUUUGGGCCCGCCCAGCCCCCAUUCCCAAAUCCUCAGUGUUCAACGAAGCCUAGGCCAAGCCUUGCUUUCAGAGCUGUCGAGUGAAGCAGCAGCAAGAAGAAUAAAGUAGUCCAACCAUCCAACAUAAGCUAUCAGACAUUUCAAAAAGUGAAGACUUGUAUCUUGCGAUAGCUUGUAGCUAGACAGACAGGUCCAGGAUUUGGUUCUUGUUUCUUUCCUGAGUAUCCAUAGGACCUUACAUCAAAGUCCUUAGGCUCAUACUUUCUGGGGCUCAAUGUGGGGACCCUUGGCAAGUCUCACUGUCAGCCAUGUACAGGUAAAAUAAAAGGUCACGAGCAGCAAAUAGCAGGAGGUAGCAGCCAAAGCAGAAUGGGGGGACAAGCAGAAGCUCAAACAGUUACAAAGGGGACAGGAAACCAUGCAAGGAGACUUUAUUUUGAAAGAUUUUGCAAUAAACACAGUGAACAGGCUCAAA